AUGGUCUGCGCCAAAUGCCAAAAGAAACUCAAACAAACGGAGCUCGCCACUCCCGGCGUGAAACGCAAAACAGAAAUGUACUAUGGCUCACCAGCCACAACGCUCGGUGGUAGCAGCAGUAACAGUGGUGCUGGUGCUGCUGUUGCUGGAGGGAAAGCCAAGUCUAGUACGUUGGGGAGUAACGGGAUUGGGAAGAGCAAACUCCUCAGCUCCAAAGCCAAGAAUCCCUACGCGGCGUAUGCUUCCUCCUGUGAGGUUUGCAAAACCAAGACGGAGCAGGGAAGGAAGUAUUGUCAGCGGUGUGCGUAUCAGAAGAAUGCGUGUCCGAUGUGUGGGAAGGGGUUGACGGGGAGUUCGUCGAAGAAUCAGCCUGCGAUUACGGGGCAGAAGUUCAACUUGAAGUAG